UCUGCUAUCUGUUGCGGUCCACAGGUCUACUGAUCAUGGCGACGUCUGCUGAAGACCACAGCGUUCUCGAGGAGGAGCUGACGUGUCCAGUGUGUCUGGAUCUUUACCGUGACCCGCACCUGCUGCCCUGCGGCCAUAACUUCUGCCUGCCGUGCCUGCGCAGACUCAAGAGCCGCUCGGACCACGGCCGUCUGCGAUGUCCCGAGUGCCGGCAGAGUCACCGCAGCUCCGCCAACUGGCAGAAGAACUUCAAACUGGCCAACAUCGCUGACGGUUUCCGCCGUCGUGGCCAAUCGGAGCGCUCCACCCAGAGCCGGAGCGACGCGUCUCGCAGAGCCGCCCAGGUUCGCUGCGAUUACUGUCCCGAGGACGCCAGCGAGGACGGGGAGGGUCCGGCGGCGGUUAAAACUUGCCUGAAGUGUGAAGUGUCCAUGUGCCCGAAGCACGUCCAGCCUCAUCUGGAGCUGCCGGCGUUCAGAGAGCAUCCGCUGGUGGAGCCGCUCGGUGACAUGAGGAAGAGGAAGUGUUUGGAGCACGACGAGAUGUUCCGGUACUAUUGCCUGGAUGAGCGCUUGUUCCUCUGCAACGCCUGCACCAUAGAGGGAACGCACUCUGGACACUCCAUCAAAACACUGAAGAACGCCAUGAAGGACUUCAAG